CCGACUUUGACAAUACCCCAGGCGGCGCGUCGGCCGAGUCCUCCGCAGAGCGCGUAUGAACGGCGCCAUGGCCGCGUCUUCCGAUCGGAUCACUUUGGGGCCGCUGGUCGCUGCCAUCGACCAGGGCACAAGCUCAACUCGGUUCCUGGUGUUCAACUCAAAGACGGCUGAACUACUAAGUCAUCACCAGGUGGAGAUCCAACAAAGCUUCCCCAAAGAAGGCUGGGUGGAGGAGGACCCCAAAGAAAUCCUGCAGUCGGUGUAUGAGUGCAUGGAGCGCACAUGUGAAAAGCUCACCCAGCUCAACAUUGAUAUUUCUAAUAUCAAAGCUAUUGGCGUGACCAAUCAGAGAGAGACUACACUUGUCUGGGACAAAGAGACAGGGGAGCCCCUCUACAAUGCUAUCGUGUGGCUGGACCUGCGGACCCAGUCCACAGUCGAACGUCUGAUCAACAAAACACCAGGCAGGAACAAGAACCACCUCAAGCACAAGACAGGACUUCCCAUCAGUACUUACUUCAGCGCGGUGAAGCUUCGCUGGCUGAUGGACAAUGUGGACGAGGUUCGUGACGCUGUCCACUUGCACAGGGCCAUGUUCGGCACCAUCGACUCCUGGUUGAUUUGGUGUUUGACAGGUGGGAAGUCGGGAGGGGUCCACUGCACAGAUGUGACCAAUGCCAGCAGGACCAUGCUCUUCAACAUUCACACCAUGGACUGGGACCCGGAGCUUCUCAAAUACUUUGAUAUUCCAAUGGAGGUCUUGCCAAGAGUGAGGAGCUCCUCCGAGAUAUACGGCCUUAUGAAAAUAUGUUCUAGUCUGAAAUCGGGCGCUCUUACGGGUAUACCCAUCUCAGGGUGUCUUGGGGAUCAGUCAGCCGCACUUGUUGGACAGAUGUGCUUUCAGGAUGGGCAAGCAAAAAAUACAUAUGGGACCGGCUGCUUUCUGCUGCGGAACACUGGAGCCAAGCCUGUAAUGUCUGACCAUGGUCUGCUGACCACUGUUGCGUACAAGCUCGGCCGAGACAAACCAGCCUGUUAUGCACUGGAGGGCUCUGUGGCCAUUGCUGGAGCGGUGGUUCGCUGGCUGAAGGACAAUCUUGGCAUCAUCCAGAAGUCAGAGGAGCUGGAGAAGCUAGCUGCAUCAGUGGGAACCUCCUACGGAUGUUAUUUUGUUCCUGCGUUCUCUGGUCUGUAUGCACCCUACUGGGAGCCCAGUGCACGAGGGAUCAUUUGUGGGUUAACUCAGUUCACAAACCGGAGUCACCUGGCAUUUGCUGCGAUGGAAGCGGUCUGUUUCCAGACACGUGAGAUUCUGGACGCCAUGAAUCAGGACAGUGGCAUCCCACUGACUCAGCUCCAGGUCGACGGCGGGAUGACGUCCAAUAGGCUGUUGAUGCAGCUGCAGGCUGACAUAUUAUGUAUCCCUGUCGUGAAACCGUCCAUGCCUGAGACCACCGCUCUUGGGGCAGCGAUGGCAGCAGGAGCAGCGGAGGGGGUUAGUGUAUGGAGUCUUAAACCUGAGGACCUGACAGAAGUCACCUCGGAGAAGUUUGAGCCGCAGAUCAACCCUGAAGAAAGCGAGUUUAGGUAUGCGCGGUGGAAGAAGGCCGUACAGAAAGCCAUGAACUGGGAAACGACACAGCCCGUUGGUAACGGAAAUGGAGAAACCAGUAUCUUCAGUAGUGUCCCAAUGGGCUUCUAUAUUCUGGGUAGCAUGCUGAUGUUGGUUGGAGCGAAAUACAUCUCAGGACACAAGUAGGGCCAAGACUCCCGGAGGCAUAAAGACAAGAGGAACGUGGAAGCAGACACUCGCCACUUUUUCCGAACCAGCCAGCUGUACUUUUGGCCGUGCUGCUUUCCAAAACGGGCAUUCCAGAGGAGAGAAGUUUCCAGACUCCUAUUCCAUUUUACUGUUUGUUGGAAAAUCAGGGGCUAUUGCACUGCAAGAGUAAGACCACCAAUCCAGUUUGGAACUGGGUUACGGGAUGAGGACUUACCCAGUAGGAUUUUUUUUUUCUUGUUUUUAAAAUUAUUUUUGUUUAUUUAAUGUGUGUUUUCCACUGCAGCAGACUAGUUAUGAGCUAACAAUGUGUGCACUACUUUUUUCUUUGAGGUGUGUUUUCUCCACGCUUUGUAUUUAUGUAGAAAUUCAACUGAUGAUACUUGGUUUUUUGUUUUGUUUUGUUUUUUUGCCAUGUCAAGGUCGAGGGAGAGCCACUGUCUAAUUUGCAUUCUUCACAAUGUCUCACGUCGCUGUUAUGGUCCUCUAGCCGUCAUGUUGUGAUGUGACGUUGUUUGACACCUCCAUGACCUCCAGGGCGAGAUGUUGAAGCACUUUAUGGUUUUUGCUAUUUGUCUUGUCUUUGUGAGCUGUGUAGUGAGAGGUGUGUGUGUGUGUGUGUGUUUGUGUGUGUGUGUGUGUGUGCUGUUUUUGUCUAAACAGCAAAAACACAAAGCGAAGGAUGAGUUAAAGGUAUUUAUUGAUCCCACGGGUUUGAUUUUGGUUGACUAACACUUUUGUAUCAAUAUUUUGAAUGUUCCAAAGCAGUGAAAUAUGACUAGAUAUGAUUAGUAUUGUCUCAUAUUCAAGCGUGUUUGGCUGGGCAAUCAGAAUAAUGCAAACACAUUCAGACUUCUGUGUCCACACCCAGUUCAUCCAUCACCAGAAUGAAUUGAGACAGAUUAUGAAAACCCACCUCAAAUGAUAUUCCCUAAAUCUUCAUAGGGUUUGGUCAGUGUUUGUGAAAGUGAGAAACUGUCUCAAGUUUUUGGAACAGAGAACCAAGACUUUCUGCUGUAAUGUUAUCGGGGGGGGGGAACCUGGAGCCACUCCACUGAUUGUAAAUUGUUCUGCAAAUAACGAGUUUUAAACUGUCACAUCCCUCCAACUGUCAGCUUUUCAAAGGUUACAAAAUAAUUUUGAGUCGGCACCAAAAAGUUCUUUACUUGCUACACAGUUGUCCUAUAAUACUACAGCUGCUGACUGUAUGUUGCAAAUGUUGCAUGUAUUUUCAGAGGAAAAAUACUGAAUUGACUUGACUUGUGACGUUAGCUGUAAUAACUACUGUAUGUUGAGAAACUAUACUGCCCUCUACUGGCAGAUGUAAAAUUGAAUACACAUUCCCUGAUUCUUUUGGUUUGAUGGACUGGGUGGUACUCUUUCCUCAUUUGAAUCUUCAGAAAUUCAGGAUUGCCUCAUGUAGUAUGAAUAUUUGUUAUACAAAAACAAAUGACAGUCAUAGUACGUCCUUUUGAAAACCUCCUUAAAGUCGGUUCAACUGCAUGGACACUUUGGAGUCCAGCCUUUUUUCCCCCCGGUUUUAGCAUUAGCAUAUUGUUUAUUUUUGAAUAUGUAGUGUGAAUAAUACAUUAAUAGAAACAAAAUGGAACUGGAAAUUGUUUAGACUGGUUACGGUUUCCUUUUUAAUAGGUUAAAGGUGUUGAAGAAGCAGACUAGUCGCAGCAGAAAGUGAAUUUCAAACAUGUUAGCUGUUGUUGGUGUUUGCUAAUGUUCAACGCUGGGCGCGAUUAGCUUGCGGAGCCAUUUUGCUGUUCACUGUUCCGCUUGCUGGGGCUCGUUCUGUUUGCAUCGUGACUACAGACUGUUAUUGAGUUAGUUUUUCUCUUCAUUUACAAUAGCAGUUCUUGAGUCUUGAGAUUUCAUGAACGUGGAACUCGGUAUCAGAAUCGUGUUUAUUGGCCAUGUAGGUUUGCAUAUACAUGGAAUUUGACUCCGGUUUCGUGGCUCUCUGUGUACUUCACAUAGAAUAACAACACGAUAUAUACACAAGGAUUGACUUAUACAGGCGAAAUAAGAGGUGAUAAAGUGCGAAGGUCGCAGGGAAGGCCACUGUCAUCUCCACUGUUUUGAGCAUGUUCAACUCCAGGUUGUUACUGCCGCACUGCAACCUCCCGUCUAUAUGCAGACUUGUCACCAUCCCGGGUAAGGCCAAUGAUGGUUGUGUUGUCUGCAAACUUCAGGAGUUUAACCGAUGGGUCAGCUGAGGUGCAGUCAUUUGUGUAGAAGGAGAAGAGUAGAGGGGAGAGCACACAUCCCUGCGGGGCGCCAGUGCUGAUUGUCCGGGUGCUGGAUGUGAUUUUUUUUUUUUUUUCCCCAGCCUCACCAGCUGUCUCCAGUCUGUCAGAAAGUUUUUAAUCCACUGGCAGAUGGGGGGCUGGUACUGUGAGCCGGGUGAGUUUUUGGAGUGGAGGAUAUCUGAGAUGAUGGUGUUGAACGCUGAGCUGAAGUCCACAAACAGGACCUUUUUGGAGUCGAGGUGUUGGAAGAUGUAGUGCAAGCCCAUGUUGACUGUAUCCUCCACGGACCUGUUUGCCCAGUAGGCAAACUGUAGGGGGUUGAGCAGGGAGCUUGUGGUUUCCUUCAGGUGGACCAACACAGGUCUGUUGAAGGAUUUCAUGACCAUGGACAUUAGGGCAAUGGGCCUGUAGUCAUUUAAUCCUAUGAUAUGGGGUAUAACCGUUGUACAUUGAAGAGUGUGGGGAGAAGGGAGUGUUUUGAUUGAGAAAUGGUGAAUAUGUUGAGGGUCGGUUUUUCUUUUUUUAAUUGCUUUCUAGUGUUUAUGCAAUUUAUUUAUUGAACUAUUUGGCUGCUGAACCAUUUUGAAAGUUUCUCAAAUUGAAGUGUCUGGUGAGAUGAAGCAGAGCAUGCAACAGGCUGGUUUCAGUUACUGAUGGAAUGAACACAUGGGAAAAAAUGCAAGAGUUGUUUCAGUCUAGUCACUUGCUGCACUCAGUGGUCCAUAUUGAAAAAUUAAAGAUUGAAGGUUGUCUUUUUCCAAAAUGAGAUGUGUGCCGUUUAAAAAGACACUUCUUGCAGGAGUGAGAGGAAAGUAUAUCACCGGUUACUGUCAUGUAUGAUCAUCUUCAGACCUUUGACUAUUAAGUAGUCCUAUUAUUAAGGAUAGUCAUUAUUGUUUUGGAAAUGGGACAGGAAUUUCAGCAAGUAACACUUUUCCAAAACUUGUAUGAAAUGUUGAAAUUAAACCCC